UUGUUUUAUAAUGGACUAGUGCAGUUUAAGUUUAGUUUGCUUUGCCUUUCGGUUUCCAUUCCCACCUAUUUCUAGUGAUAUAAACAAGUCACAAUAUUUUAUGUUUAACUUAAGUCUUAUUUGCAUGAUCUAUAAAAAAAUACAUUAAAAUGAAAACUGUUACAGUUUCUAGUCGAGUAUUUGAAGCAAUGCAAAAUCUUAACAUCCAAGAACUUUCGUCCUACACGCAAAAUGAAAUUCGACCAAUACUUCCCUCGUUGGUACGAAUGAGCCUUCUGUCUCCUCUCGAUAACACAAAAUCUUCAAUGGAUUCUCGUAAGCAAAUUCUAGCCCUGCUUGUGGGUAUUGAAGUUGUAAAUAAUAUAGUGGCUUUUUUGCAAGUCAACUAUCAUGAGUUGGAAACAGAUUUGAAGAAAGAGCAGCAAACUCGUCAAAAAGGCGGAGUUGCUUCAGAAAAUUUUCUUUUAUAUGGAUUACAAAGUGGAAUUGCCCUAGGAUUUGAGCGCGCCGAUGUAACUAGGAAAGUAAGAAUAGUGCUAUCAGAAAUAUUCUUCAUCCAAGCACAACUAACAGAAUAUACUCUUUCGAAUAACCGACCAGUAGGAGAAUUUAUUAUUAAACAAUCAGAGCUCUUCGAAGAUGGUAUAUACAUGGAGGAGAUAAUAGACAUUAUUUGCAUAUCCCUAGCUGAACUACCAUCUCUUUUAAAUGUUCAAGAAUUAAUAGAUGUACUUUUAUACGUGAAUAACGGGUCUCGUAUUAUUUGUUCAAUUGUUGCAAACUUCCCAGACUGCUAUAGAGACGUAGUUUCUAACUUAAUCACAAACUGUGAUGAGGAUAUGCCUGAUGGCAAAUUAAAACUUUCAGUUUUGUACGCCCUUAGUGAAAUGAAUCCAAAGCAAGCGUUAUCUACGAGGGCGAUUUGCGUGGACUUAAUGAAAGUUCCAUCGUUCAUGCUGAAGCUGAGUUUGAAAUACCCACAAGAUUUGAUUGCGUUUAUAUCUGGAAUGUUGUUGGGAAACGACCAAGUUGUUCGUAGUUGGUUUGCAGGAUUUGUGCGAUCUAGUCAAAAGCGAAAAACCGAUGCGCUUCAAGUCGCAAGGGAAGAGCUUUUGUUACAAUUAAAAUAUUUAGUGAAUUUGUCGAAUGUAUCGAAGAGUGCCGAGGAUUAUACUGUACAAGCAGCAGCUCUUCUUCGCCUUUAUUGUGCCUUAAGAGGAAUCGCUGGAAUUAAAUUCCACGAAGAUGAAAUAUCCUACAUAAUGCAACUAAUAACCACAAGACCCACGCCCACUCAAUCUGGAAUUCGUUUUGUUUCUUUGGGUUUAUGCAUGCUUAUCGCAAGUCCAACCUUAAUAUCAAACCAAAAUUUAGAAACCAAAGCCAUAGAAUGGAUGCAAUGGUUAAUCAAAGAGGAAUCCUAUCUAAGUAACAAAUCGGGCACUUCCUCAUCGUUAGGGGAAAUGCUUUUACUAAUGGCCAUACACUUUCACAGUAGUCAAAUAUCAGCUGUGGGUGAGUUGAUUUGCUCAACACUUCACAUGAAAAUACCUAUCCGACCAAAUAGUACGAGUCGGAUGAAACAAAUAUUCACCCAGGAUUUAUUUAGUGAACAAGUUGUUGCAGCCCAUGCGGUAAAAGUUCCUGUUACUCCUCAUUUAAACGCAAACAUUCCAGGUUACCUGCCCGUACACUGCAUUCAUCAGCUUCUUAAGUGCAAAACAUUUUUAAAGCACAAAGUAAUUAUAAAAUCUUGGAUUUAUAAACAAAUCUGUAAUUGCAGAAAGCCGCUGCAUCCUGUAAUGCCGGCUCUUAUCGAGGUCUACGUAAAUUCAUUAAUACUACCAAAUCAAGGAAGUGGUAGUGGGAAAUUCAAUAAUGAUCACUUACACAAACCGCUCUCGGAAAAUGAAAUAUUGAGAAUCUUCAAAGCAUCUGGAAGUCAGACAUUUAAGUUAAAUCUUGAUUCGGUUCCAGGACAUUAUGACUAUGGAGACAUAAAGACAACCGAUUCGGAUAAUGGAGAUGAUCGAUUAAAGAUUAGUUGUGAUCUUACUUCUCAGUUGUUAGUCUUGUACUAUUUAGUUUUGUAUGAAGAUACUCGUUUAUCAAAUACAUCAAUGAUUGUCAUGAAUGGAAGAAAGGCAAAGACUUACUCGAAUGAUUUCCUUUCAGAGUUACCUAUCAAGUAUCUACUUCAAAAAGCCCAGAAGUAUCAACACGAGUACGUAGGCCUAUUUCACCCUCUUUUGCGGUUGUUGGUAUCAAAUUUCCCACAUUUAAGUAUGGUUGACGAUUGGAUAGAAAAGAGCACAAAUUUGGUUUUUUUGUCUUCUUCAACUUGGCUCAUGGGGUUGGAAAUUAAGGAACAGCACUUGAUAGACGCAUUCGAUGAGUUAGAAGUGAACCCUUCCAAAAUCAUGAAAAUCCUUCGUGUUAUGCUUAAACAGCCUCCAACAGAUUUGUGGCAAUUUGCAACAGUGUUUGUGAAGAACAUUAAUAAAAUGUUGGAAAACAAUGUACCAAGACUAAUAAAGGAGCUAUACCGAAAAGUUUGGCUGCGACUAAAUUCUGUUUUGCCCAAGCGAUUAUGGGUAGAAACUAUAAACGCUUUGAUGCCUCAGAGGGGAGCGAUUCAUACUCAUAAUUGUGCUCAUGAAAAUGCAUUGUUGGAUCCUUUAAAUGUUUUAAGGUGUAACGAAAAAGUUUUUCGCUGCCCGGAUGUACUGAUAAUUGUAUUACGUAUACUUCAAGCUAGUUUGGCUGCCUCCAAGGCACAGCUCCAUCGACAUGUUCAAGACAAACCAAUGUUUGACAAGAAUGGCCAACUACAGAGUGAAAUGGAACGAGAAGAACUCAAGACAGCCUUAAUUGCAUCACAAGAGAGUGCAGCUGUUCAGAUUCUCCUAGAAACCAGCAUAAAAAAAACGGAAGAUAUCAUAAAGUUUGGAACUUCAUGGACAUUGCGGGAGAUACACGGAAUCGUGUGUUCUUACAUCCAUCAUGCAUUUAUAUCUGAACCAUCAUUGGCAAAACUUGUUCACUUUCAGACAUAUCCACGAGAAUUGCUUAGCAUAACAGUUCGGGGUGUUCCUUCUAUGCAUAUUUGUAUAGAUUUCCUCCAUGAAAUUCUUGGUAUGCCCGAAAUGGAAAGGCAAAUUUUUACUAUAGACUUGACAUCUUAUUUAGUUUUGAGGUAUUCAAUACCAAAAAGUUUAAGUGUUGCAAAAUUGUGUGUCAGUACAGUUCUUACAUUGCUGGGACUUUUAUCUAAUGAUGCUAAAGUAGAAAUGUUUAGCAAAAUUUUACCGGCUAUUGUAAGAUUCUCAGAGGCAUUUCCCGUGCUCUUGGACGACUGUAUAAGCUUCUUGAUGCAGGCUGGUCGAAGUUUGUACUCACGCGACACUCUUGGUAGAGACGCAUCUUGUAUGGCUCUUUUACCAUUGCAAACUUCCUCUAAAUCAUUAUCGAACUUGAAAAAUUCUCAAGGUGCAAAAAAACUUGUAAGUGCAGUAGAAAACUCUUUCUCAAGCUUGAUAGAUGAAGCUAUAUCACAAGUAGAAUUAUAUUGAACAAGCAAAUGCAGACAAAAAUAUAUUUAUAAUUAGUAUUAGUUAUGUAAAUAAGUUAAUGAUAAUAUAUAAUCAAUGUAUUAAUCAAAAAUAAAACAAGAAAAAACA